AUGUGUUUCUGCAAAUUAUUGUUAAUCGUGCUUUUGUUCAGUAGCUGUGAUGACGGAUGGCUACAGUUCAACGACUACUGUCUAGCCUUUAGCCCUGAAGAGUUAAACUGGUACAUUGCCGCGAGCAUCUGUCAGGUGUAUGGCGCUAGACUAGUGCAGAUUGACAGUCAGGCCAAACAAGACUGGAUCGUCAGCCAGAUGCAACAACAACAAUUGACUAAUGCUUGGACCGGGGGAUCAAACAGAUAUCACAAUACUAUGUGGACAUGGGUUCCAAGCUUGAAGUUAAUGAAGGCCUACACAAACUGGCAUGCAGGAGAGCCGAAUAACUUUGCAGGAGAAAACCCGUCCAAUGGUAAGUAUCGACU